AUGCAAUCAAUUAAGCUGUACGAUCUUCCGCUCAGAAACUUUGAAGGAAAGUGCUGGUCUUACAAUACUCUUAAAGCCCGUGUUUCCUUAAACAUCAAGGGUAUUCCGUUUGAUACUGUAUGGGUUCCAUUUAGCCAAAUCUCAACUGUAAUUCCUAAAUUGACAAAGUCCACAAAAACCCCAACGGUUCCCAUUAUUGUGGACACGAGUAAAAAUUUUGUUAUACAAGAUUCAUGGAAAAUUGCUCAGUACCUUGAGGCUACCUACCCUGACGCCCCCAGUCUUUUCCACGGAAAUGAAGCUCUACAUGAGGCUGCCGAAGCAAACUUUAGCUCAUUCUCAGGUGCUUUCUUCUGUCUUAUUGUCGUGACUGAGUCAAAAAACAUUGGUGAUGAAGACGACAAUACUGCCUUUCGAAAGAGUCGUGAAUCUAUGUUUGGAACUACUAUUGAAAACUUUGCCGGAAAUCCAGAAGAUAAAAUCAGAAUUAUCAAUGAAGGACUAAUAGAUGUCAGAGCUAAAUUAGCAAAGUCUGCUUACUUGUCAGGAUCUAAAGUGGGAUGGACUGAUGCUGUAUUGGUUGCAAACUUUAUGAUGGUAGACGUUAUUAACCAUGAUAUCUUUCAAUCCAGAAUAUUGGAUGGUGUUCCGGGCGACAAUACUUUGAGGGAAUGGUAUGAGCGUAUGGUCAAAUACAUAUAA